UCCACACGUCGAGGCGCUUUGACAGCCUGAAGGAAGAUGCUCAACGUCUCGGGUCGCUGGAGCCUUGUCACCGGGUGAAACUUGACUUCUCUGGAGGGACGUGCACCCAGAAGUGUCGCGUAGAUAUAUUUUUUGUAAUCCUAAAAACACUCGUGUGGUUUUCACACCGACCAUGGAACUGAAGAAAUCGUUCUCGGACACCGAGCGCGCGCUCAGGAGCUACGGCGCCGUGUCGGAAACGGCAUGGACCGCGGACAAAGGUCAUUCCGAUGUGUCCAUGGCAGAGAGCACCAUGGCUCCGGAGGAGAUCGAGGUGGAGAUGUCUCGUAUCCAGCGGCUGCGUGAGGUCCUCGUCCGCCGCGAGUCGGAGCUCCGCUUCAUGCUGGAUGACAUUCAGCUCUGCAAAGACAUCAUGAGUUUAAAGCAGGAGCUGAGACAGAUUGUCACCGUGCCAGAGAAAGAAAAAACCAAGAAACACCGGCAGCGGGAAGAAGAGCUGAUCCAGAAGAUUCAUAAACUGGUGCAGAAGAGGGAUUUCCUGGUCGACGAUGCAGAGGUGGAGAGAUUAAGGGAGCAGGAGGAAGACAAGGAGAUGGCCGAGUACCUCCGACUGAAGCCUCUGGAGAAGAAGCUCAAAUCCUCGCACACUCCUCCAAAGCCGAAGAGACAAAUCCCAGAGCCGCCUCCCAACAAGCCGUCCAUCACCAAGUCCGGGGUGGCCAUCAUCAAGGACUGCUGCGGCGCCACCCAGUGCGCCGUCAUGUAAACCCACGCGGACCUCGACGCACUCGCAUCGCAUCGCCACACGUCCCUUCCUGCGGCUCGGUGAACCUCGGGUUAAACCGCUUCUCACUUAAAAAAAAAAAAAACUGCUCAGGAAUCAGGUUCGUCACGGAAUAAGCAGAUGCGCGCCAGCUCAGAGUCUCGGGGAGCUGAUCCAGAGUCAGUGCUCGGGGGGGAGACUUCACAACGAGACACUCGUCCCUUCGUGUAUAAAUGAAGUAAAGGAACUGAAGAUUGGAUAAAUGCGCGUCUUAAAUUAGAAUCAGAUUUGGUCAUCAAUUAACAUUCCUUUAAAAUGACAAGGUGUAUGAUCAAUAUGAUGACAGCAGCAUUUACAGAACUACAAGCACAAUAUCCACAACGUGAAGCAUAAAUGCUGACGACACGUUACGGUCCAGUCAUGUUUGACAACGGGUAUUUAUUCUUCCAUUUCCCCCCCGUUAUAAAACCAGUGAACCUUCAGGAGACCACUACGACCAUCACACGUCACUCAAACAAUGAUUGGUAUAGAAAUGCUAGAAGGGAGACGCUUUUUUCUUCCGGAGCAAAGUAAUAUAUUUGACUUUAUUUAAUAUCGGCUGGAUAUCAUAUCAAAAUGUGAGAAUGGACUCUGCUGUCGGGUCACAUGAUGAGGUCACGCGUGCAUUUCACCGUGACCCAAUUCUGCAGUUUCCUCUGGUUCACGCCCACUUCAUCAUCAUUAAGUCACCAUUGUACAUGGCAACACUUUAGAUGCAUUAAAACAGGGGUGUCACUCAUUUUCACCGUGGGCCACAUCUGCAUCCUGGCUGCCCUCAAAAGGUUGUCACUGAAACAUAUAAUUGCAUAAACUACUACCCAACAUAUUGUUAAAUAACUGUUUAUUUGAGUGUAGAAAUAUUGAACAUAACAAAUGUUUUCUAAUAUUAUAACAUAAAUCAAUUUAAUUUGAAACCUUCAAAAUAAGUACAGGAUAUUGUUCUUAUAUUUCUUUAAAAAAAUUUAAAAAAGGGGAUUAUAAGUCUUUCAAGUUGUCGGGCGGAUUUGGCCUGCGGGCCUUGUGUUUGACACCUGUGCAUUAAAACAUGGCGACAUGUUUCCCCCAGUCACAUCACCGGCAUCAUCUCAGCCAUCAACAACAACAACCAGGAAUUUGAGUGGUGGUACAUUCUACAACUUGCAUCCUCUGAAUUUAGUCUUACGUUUCCACGAUAACGGGAAACAAAUGCAACUCUUGUAAACGCCUCCAGUAGACCGUGUCCGUUUGUGUAUUUAGGAUAUUAGUGCUUUGUCACUUUACCUUCUUUCUGAUGACUUGGCGUUCUGUAGUGGUAGUGAAUUUACGAAGGUCUUUAUGUUGAAUAUUUGAACAAAUAUGCAGAAAAUAAGCUGAAACUACCUGUAAAUACAUGUUUAAAUAAAAAAAGAGCAUCUUUCAGGAACACGCUGGCGUAUUUGAUUAAUAAAAAAACGAGGCGAAAUUGAUGCUUGUGAAAUUUA